AUGACUGCUGAAUUGCUUAAAGAAGAACAAUGGAAACAGCAAAGUACUUCCAUCCAUAAGCCCCAGCCUAGAAGGCAAGAUAUCCAGGAGAUGCUGACAGAAGUGGGGCUGUCUGUUGACUACUGGCUGCCUAAGCUUCAGGAAGACCUGGGUGUGACCUGUGCCCAGGCCUUACAACACUUAGAAGAACAAGACCUCCAGAAGCUGAAGUCCCAGACACAAUACACAUGGGAAGAAAAGGCUCUGGAGAAGCUGCUUGACCUCUCACAGACAAACAGUGUUGCAGAGUUCCAGGAAACUCCCGGGGAGAUGAUAAGGAACAGGCAGCAGCAGGCAGAAAAGGCACUGCAGGAACUGAGGGCCUUGUAGUCAGAAGGGAAACAAAGACAGGAAGAGGAAGUGAAGAGGAAAGAAGCAGAGUUGAGGCAAGCAAUGGAGAUCCCUGAAGAGUGCUGGCCAGGGCCUGAAGUACCCCUCAAAGAUAUCACUGAAACAAUGGAGAAACAUCUUUGUCACAUAAAAGCGACAAUGAUAAAAAGUCAAAACUUCUCAGAGAGAGAUCUGCUAAGAUUCACAUCAGGUGGGCUGGUGCUGCAGGGAAUUUAUAAGACCAGCCACCAAAAGGACUUGGCAACAAGGAGAGAAGAACUACUCAGGGUUCCCAAGGACUUGUUCUUCUUUGGGUCUGAGCAAGGAAAACGGAUGGAAACAAAAGAAUUCACAUCUUCUAAAGAAGAAUCCCUGUUCACUGAAACUGUGGAGAAGUUUGGUUUCCAGUUAACACUUUUAGCCAAGGGUGGAGGCUGGGGAUUUAAUUUGGAAGGUGGAAUGGAUACAGUCAAGCAUUUAGAAUCCAAAGAUGUCCUACAAUCAGAUUCAAAGAACACUUAUUUCUGCUCAUCGAUGUUCAAAUACAACCCACUAGUCUCCUUCCACUUUUGCAAAGAUCAGCUCCAACUCUCCACUGCUGCUCCCAAGGAACUGAAAAUCAUUGAAGAACAACUGGAACACACAGAAGGACCAGACAGAUUCCUUGUAGUCAGGAACAGGACUGAAAAUUUCUUCAACAGAUUUGGCUCUCAUGCUAAUCAAGGCCCUCUGCACCUUGGGGGAAUCUACUGGUGGAAGGCCUUUUCAGAUGGUUUCAAAAGUGACCAGCUGGAUCUUGUGAAGCAGCAGACAGAAGAAGCCUUGGAUAGUUACAUAAGAGAGAGCUACAAUGGCUUCGGAGUUGAAGUUGGGGGAGGGAUGACAACAUCAGACAUACAGUCAGCAAGAUCCUACAAAAAUUCAGCUGAUGAACAGCUCCAAAUCAAAAUCCAGUUGUCUGUGGCCCAGAUAGGUGGACCAUCAGAAGCAAAUGGAAUUGUUCAGUGGACAACUGGCCUUCUUGCUAGCAACAAAACCUGGCGUGUCAUUGACCGAGAACUUCAGCUGGUACCCAUUUGGGACAUUAUCCUAUCAAAUCACAGAAACAAUUUUAAGGACCCCUUUCUGGUGGCUAACUGUCUGGCAGAAAACUCUACUCUGACAGGCCUUGCUGCCCGCAUCCAGCCUGGAGAACAUAUGCCGAGUACCAUAAAGGAAGCAGGACUUUUUCUGAAUGAUGUGAAAUCCUGGGAGGUCUCAGAUCCUGAAAAACAUCUUAACUGCCUGAUGUAUUUUAUGCAAACACUGGCUCACAAAACAAAAGGUUAUGAUGUUUGGAUUAAUACAUGCCUCACAAAUUGUAAUCUACAAAAUUUUCUUAUAAAAACUGUCAGCUUUUGCAAAAAAUCUUCCCUAAAAAAAAAUCAGUUUAUUAAAUCUCAAUUCUGCAGCCUUCUAGAACCUCAUGUACACAAAGUGAAAAACUUUCCUCAGGUGAAGUUGAUCAUGCUAUGGAUCAACCAGACAGAGUCAGAAGAACACCAAAUCAAAAUCACUGAAUUAUCUGAAUUCUUGAAAAAUUUUAAAUAAAUCAAAAUAUCUUUCACAGAAGCAACCAUGACAUCCGAGUCCCCCAAAAUAAUGGAAGAGGCUUAAAGAAAGGCUAGGGAUGUCAUCACAGUUCUUGGGGACUUCUUAAACUAUCUCAGAGAAGCAGAGCAGCCAGACACGCAGCUGCUACUACUCUCCAUUGCAGCUGAUGCAGGUUAUCAGCUGGAAAGCAAGGUUUUCCAGCCUCUUCUGGGGUGCACUGAGUUAAAUUUUCUCCAGGAAGAAAUACAGUCUGUCCAAAACAUAUAUCAGGAGCUAAAAACUAUCUGCACUGACAGUGCACAGGCAUUCUUAGUUCUCAAAGCUCUGAAAGCCACAGUUGGAAUCUCACCCAUUUCUCCAGAAGAAAAAACACAGCGCUUGACAUUUACAAGGCAGCAUAUGGAGCACUUACUUUGUACUAAAGUUGCACAUCUCCUCACAAAAUUUGGAACCAAUCAUGAUUGGGAGAAUCUAGAGAAUAAUGGAGUGGUGGAGAUCUCCUGGUUCUGUCCUGGGGGUCAAGGUGAGGACAGAUUUGAUAAGUGUGUGGCCUUCACCAAUCUUCAUGGAGAUGCCAAGGACCAUAGGCAACAACUCAGCUUCCUACAGGAUGUCUCUUCUCUCAUUGUGAUCCUCGUGUGCACUUCUGAUAACAAUAAAGAAAACCAAAACCUUGUCAGACACCUGUGGCAGUCAUAAAAACCUGUGAUCUGCCUGAUAGAUGACAAAGAAAAAAUCAUGACUAAUUGUUCAGACAGAAGGGUGAGGAUUGGCAUUAGGAAUAGAAAUGAAGCAGAUUUAACAGAAGAACUCACGACUGCCAUUGAACAGUUACUAGAAGUCUCUGGCACUGCUUUCAGUAUAGAAGACUGUUCACAGAUGGCUCAGAAACAAGGAUUCAUGAUUGAUGAAGAUCAAAGAGCAUUGAAGGAGGCCAAAGAUAAAGCACAGACAAAGGAAAUCCUGGAGCAAUCCAAGGUAUCUCAGAUUAAAGAAAACUUGCUGCCUCUUCAGGGACAACUGUGGCACCAUUGGUGUAAGAAAGACAAAGAACUCUAUCAUCUGCAAGAAAAAGGGCAUCGGACCAUUGAACAACACAAGAGUGACAUUCAGAAAGAAAAACAAAUACGGUGGCAGCAGUUUAAAAAGGCCUUCCCUAUCAAUGAUUUCAUGAAAUCUGUCCUACACAUUCUCAAAGAAGAGUCAGAAAAUGAUCUCAAAUUCUACUUCUUAUACUGGUUAAGUGUGGUUUUGGAAAAUCUAACUAUAGAACACUUGGAAAUUUUACAUGGAAAACAACAAUAUUUGUGGUCACAAGUACAGGCAGAAAAGCAGAAUGCACAGAAGAGCAGCUCCCUGACACUCUGGCAGAAGCAGAUAGAAGCCAUCUCUACCAAGAUUCUUAACUGCACUUUAGGAAUUGAGCACCUUCUCUGAGAAGUUGGCCAGAUCUAUGAAGCUCUGGAAGAAGUUUCCUCCUCUAGAGACAGGCUUUUUCUCUGCCUCCCCCAGAUUGCUGCAAACUUGAUGGUAGCUGGGGUUCCCAUUGAGCUGAUGGAUGGGGAUGCUUCAUAUGUGCCUCUAAAGUGGGUGACAGCUGUUUUGGACAAGAUCUCAGAGAAGGUGGGAGAUAAAAGACUGUUUGUUCUCUCUGUCCUUGGCCUACAGAGCUCAGGAAAAUCCACCCUACUGAAUUCACUGUUUGGCCUGCAGUUCACAGCCAGUGCAGGCAGGUGCACCAAGGGGGCAUACAUGCAGCUCCUGAAGGUGGAAGAGACAUUCACAGAGGAACUUGGCUUCGAUUUUAUGCUCAUUGUGGACACAGAAGGACUUCGGGCUCCAGAACUCAACAACAAAUCCCAGAAUUGGGACAAUGAGUUGUCAACAUUCGUUACUGGUCUUGGAAACUUGACUCUGAUCAAUAUUUUUGGGGAGAAUCCAGCAGAGAUGCAGGAUAUCCUUCAAAUAGUUGUUCAGGCUUUUCUCAGAAUGAAACAAGUGAAAAUCUCCCCCAGUUGCAUCUUUGUCCAUCAGAAUGUGGGAGAAGUUACAGCUAAAGACCAAACUGUGGAAGGACGAAGGAGACUAGAGCAGAGACUGGAUGAAAUGACAGCAUUAGCUGCUGAACAGGAAGAGUGCUCAAACAUAACCCGCUUCUGUGAUGUAAUUAAAUUUGAUGUCAAUAGUCAUGUCUACUACUUUGCUCACCUCUGGGAUGACAAUCCCUCAAUGGCUCCUCCCAAUCCUCACUAUAGCCACAACGUCCAGGAGUUAAAAACUGGGAUUCUUAGGACUGCCCAGCAGGAAUUUAGAGGAAGGAUCUUGAAGAUCUCAGAUGUGAAAUUCCGAGUUCAGGAUUUGUGGAAAGCACUGGUCAGCGAGAACUUCAUUUUCAGUUUCAGGAACACCCAAGAGGUCAUAGUCAUGAGCAAACUGGAAACCAUUCAUAGCAACUGGACCUGGGAGCUGAGGAGUUAUGUGCUGGACUUACAGAAUCAGCUGAACAAUCAGAUUCAGAAUGGAAAGAUCCCGACUCUCACAAUGAAUACACUAGAGGGUCCAGUCAGUACAAAAUAUGAAAUCAUCAAGCAAAAAUUUGACAAGUAUUUUCAAGAAGACCCAGAUAGUGAAACAUUGGUUCAAUGGAAAGCACAUUUUGAAAAUAAGCUAUUAAUGCUUAAAGAUGCACUUAUUUCAGACACCAGAAGGAUAUGCAAUGAACUCAUCAGUCUUAAACAAAGCCAAGAAAGACUAGAUAAUCAAAAGUCACAAUAUGAAAGGGAACUGUUAGAGAUGAGCCAAAAGUUGGCUUUGAGUGUGAAGGGUAAAGAAUUAAGUGAUGAAGAGUUGCGUGAGAAAUUCAAUGAAGUUUGGACAAAUUGGAUCUACAAUGUGUCUUCUACUGUACCCCUUGUCACAGAGCCUGAUAUUGAUUCAGAUGCUGAAAAUAUUUUCCUACUGUGUUUCAGAAAGGACAAAAAUAUCACAGAAAGACUAAAGAAAAAGAAUGGAGAAAUGUUUGACAUCAAUUAUGACAAGCAUGUCCAAAUGAAAACAAGAUAUUAUAUAAUUUCAAAAAGUUUAGAACCUUGCCAUAAAGAGUCAAUUAAUGCAACUACCAACAACAUUUAUUUAAGAUUUGAUGAUAUAAUUAAAAACAUUUGGAAGCAAAAGCGUGAUUACAGUCAGCAUGAUUUUCAUAAAAUCCCGAUGAUAAUAGAAAAUGAACUGAAAGCUGUUUCUCCUGAGGAAGAAUACACAUUUACCAGAGACUACACCAUUGACUUAUCCUUGUGCUUAUUCCAAAGGGCAUCUAAGAGUUUUAGAGAAAUUCAUGAUGCCCUUUUUAAGAUCUCCUGUCAAGGUGCCAUAUCUAUUACAUCCUUUGUGGACUUCCUGUGGCUCAAGCUCACUCCUGCUAUCUCUGCCACUAUAUGGGAAAUGAUGGGUCCUAAAGUAGCUGGGGACAUGAGAGUCACUUACCCUGUAUUCAGUGGAAACAGGGCUAACCUGGAGAAACAUGUUCUCAUUUCUCUGGCAGAAAAAGAAAACUUUGAUAACUUUUGGCAGUACAUUCAUCAUCCAGAAUCCUUUUUCAGGGAUUACAUUAGAGACCACAUUAGAAGCUACUGUUCAGCAAAAGAAAGUGAAAAAAUAAAGACUUUUUUUAAAAUAAGUUUAGAAGACAUAAAGAAUGCCAUCCUCUCUGCCAUUCAUAAGACCACAGAAGUAGCAAAUGAAAGCACCACUGCUUCUCGCUGGUUGGAUUUGUUCUGUGAUCACCUAGGGAGCAACCUGAUCUUUCCAAGAAGAGACCUGAUAAGCAUCGAGCACCAGGAGAUAAAGGAUGCUGAGUUUCUCAAAGAAGCCAUGAGUGCAGCUUUGGAUCCUGCACUAAGGAAAGUCGAAGAGGACUGCUCAAGUAAGCCCAUAGAUGAAAUGGUUCCUGACAUUGAGAAAAUUCUCUCUGAACAUCUCUGUGGCUGCUGGAAGCAGUGUCCUUUUUGUAAAGCAAUUUAUACCAACACCAUUCCCGAGCAUGCUGGAGACCACAGUGUGCCAUUCCACCAUCCUAAGGCUGUCAAUGAAUGGUAUUAUCAUAAAACAGAUUACUUUGACAUUAACUGCUGUACUACUUCUGUGGCAAGUGAUUGUUCAUUUAUUUUAGAUGACCUCCAGAGGUUCCCAUAUAAGAAAUAUCGAGCAGCAGGUGGUGAUUUUGCCACAUGGAGCAUCACCCCAGACACAUCUGCCCAGCCAUAUUGGAAAUGGUUUGUCUGUCACUUCAGAUCAGAGCUAGAAGAGAAGUAUGGGAAAAAAUUUACAGACUUAGGUACUAUUCAAGAUUCAUGGAGCAGAAUCACAAAAGAAGUACUUGAUGACUUGAAAAAUUAG